AUGUCACCUCUGUCACCAGGAGCCCUGUCCUAUGCUGAACUGGGAACAUGCAUUAAGAAGUCUGGUGGGCAUUACACAUACAUAAUGGAAGCGUUUGGACCUCAGAUGGCUUUUAUAAGAUUAUGGGCUGAUCUCAUUGCUAUAAGGCCUGCAGCCAUGGCAGUCAUUUCUCUGGCCUUUGGUCAGUACAUCCUGGAACCUCUGUUCAUGCCAUGUGGUAUCCCCCCCCUGGCUGUCAAACUGGCCACAGCCAUUGGCCUAACAUCUGUUAUAUACCUGAACAGUAUGAGCGUAACGUGGACAGCCAGGAUUCAGAUCUUCCUCACUGUCAGCAAGCUGCUGGCCAUUGCCAUCAUAAUAGUGCCAGGCAUGUACCAGCUCUUUAAAGGUAUCAUCAGUAACACCUCUCACUUUGAGAAUGCCUUUGACCUGAGUAAUGUGCAGCUCUCUGGUAUGCCACUGGCUUUCUACUCUGGGAUGUACGCGUAUGCUGGAUGGUAAUAAGUCUUACAAGUGCCUAACAGUGUGCUUCCUCCGGCCCUCAGGACUGUUCCACUCGCCAUCUGUAUCUCCAUGGCAAUUGUGACUUCUUGCUAUGUGCUCACCAAUGUGGCAUACUACACUGUAAUGUCAGCUGAGGAGCUCCUGGCCUCAUCAGCUGUUGCUGUGACAUUUGCAGAGAGGCUUCUGGGGAACUUCUCUAUCACCGUCCCAGUAUUUGUAGCCUUGUCCUGCUACGGCUCCAUGAACGGCGGCCUCUUUGCCCUGUCAAGGUAA